AUAAAUAUAGUGCAAGGAGAGGCAGUGAGACAGUGUAAGUUUAAGUGACAUCAUAUAUAUUUGGUGCUAUCGACCACACAACUUUUUCUAAUUUUCCGGGGCCAAAAUAUUCAGGUUCGUCAUUGGAACAAUGAAUAUAUUUCAGGAGCUAAGUGGUCUCUCUAAAUUUAACUUUUUAAGGAGGUCGUUGGAAUUUGACAUUGAAAAUUUGGAGCCUGAGCCCCUUUUUGUCAAGUGUUGUAUAUUCAGGGUUCCUGAAAAGAUUCGUUGUACAAACGAAAAUGCCCACACUCCUCAAUUAGUUUCAAUCGGUCCUCUUCACCGUGCAGACAAACAUUUAGUACACAUGACAGAGACAAAAAAAAGGUAUAUGAAAAGUUUUCUUGGAAGAAUAUCUUUAGAGAAACGAGAUAAAAUAUUAGCCUUCAUCGUGAUCAACGAACAAGAAAUUCGUAAUUGUUAUGCGGAGACAUCCAUAGAGACAAGUGAAGAUUUUGUGAUUACGAUUAUGUAUGAUGCUGUCUUCAUUAUAGAACUCUUCUUAAGGAGUGAAUCUGACCGUGACAAGGCAAGUGAGCCAUUGCUAGCGAUAUCGGCAGUAAGACGUACUCUAAGCAUGGACUUAGAAUUACUUGAAAAUCAGCUUCCAUUCUUUGUCCUGGAGGAAAUUUAUAAGUUGGCUAAUCUCGGUGAUCAAAUAUCCAUCAGCUUCAUGGAGCUUUCUUGUUCUUUCUUCGGCUAUUUUAGUGACCUGAGUUUGGCUAAAUUACCUACAGAGGUUGCAGUCAAACAUUUCUGCAAUUGGAGAAGAAUUACUCUACUGGAAAGCUACAGUUGUUCAGAACGAGAACCAAUGGGAUGGAUUAUAGAUUUGCCUUCUGCGGUGAAGUUACAAGAGUCAGGAGUAAGCUUUAAGUGUGUUAAAGGAGAAGGCUCACUUAACAUAGAAUUUAAACCUGUAAAGCGGCGGAUCCCAUUCUUCAACAGAUAUGAGCUGCAAAUGCCACAUUUGGAUAUAUCCGACAGCACCGAACGCCAUAUUAGGAAUAUGAUGGCUUUGGAGCAAUGUAGUUAUCCAUUGGACACUCCAUUCUGCAAUUACAUCAUAAUAAUGGAUUGUCUCAUCGAUACAGAAAAAGAUGUGGAUUUGCUUGUGUGGGAGGGAGUCAUUACCAAUCAUUUGGGGGACAACGCAUCCGUAGCAAAAUUGUUUAACAAACUAGGCGAAAAUAUCAUUGCAAGUAGUUCCUCUUACUUUCAAUGUUGCGAGGAGUUGAAAGUCCACUACAACAAUCGCCGUAACAAGUGGAAGGCAAUUUUGAGAAGUGUGUAUUUCAGCAACCCAUGGAGAGCUGCAGGCACUCUUGCAGCAAUUGCACUCCUCUUGCUCACUGUCAUACAAACUAUAUGUUCUAUCAUGCAGGUCGUUUAAUUUUGAUUAAAACUUGUCUAGUUUUCCGUGCAGUUUGAAGCUUGUUAUUGUAAUAGUAUUUGUGUUUGCAAUAUAUUUCUUACUGGUUCUGUGUAAUGCAACUUCAGUUAUAUCUAAUAUUUGUGCUUCCCCAAA